AAACUUUAUAUUUAGGGAGUGGACCUGAAGAGCAGGUGCUGAUGACGGUUCGCUGUUUCUCCAUUGCCCCUCCUCCAUCAGGCAUUUGUACCUGCUCCACUCCUCACCCAUUCAGCAGACUUGUCUGACCGGCAGAAAACUCGACUUCAUCGCAAGGAAGAAACAAAUAUUCAACAGCCUGUAUCACUCCACAGUGAGAACGUCGAUACGCACUCAGAGCUUUAUCAGCAACCUCUGAAAAGAGAAAGGACUUAAAUUUGAAGCAGCUUGAAGAACAAAUCUGACCAAAAUGGUGUCUGCUGGCUUCCAAAUGCUGGGUGCAGCCUUGGGGAUCAUUGGCUGGAUUGGAGUCAUCGUUGUGUGCGCUGUUCCCAUGUGGAGGGUCACUGCUUUUAUUGGCAGCAACAUUGUCACCUCACAGGUGAUCUGGGAAGGUAUCUGGAUGAGCUGUGUGGUCCAGAGCACAGGCCAGAUGCAAUGCAAGGUCUACGACUCCAUGCUCGCCCUCACCGGAGACCUCCAGGGUGCUCGGGCCCUGACUAUCAUUUCCAUUGUGGUAGGCGUCAUGGCUAUUCUGCUUGCUGUAGCUGGAGGAAGAUGCACCAACUGUGUGGAGGAUCAACAGCAAAAAGAUAAAGUGGCUGUCGCAGCUGGGGUUAUGUUCAUCAUCGCUGCAGUCCUCUGCCUUGUCCCUGUCUGCUGGACAGCCAACACUAUUAUCCAGGAGUUCUACAGCCCUCUUCUGAACGCAGCCCAGAAGAGAGAGAUGGGUGCCUCGCUCAUUUUCAUGGCUUCUCAGGGCCUCCAGAUCUUGGGUGUUUUACUGGCCUUCUUUGGUUGGCUGGGCGCCAUUAUCACCUGCGGUUUGCCCAUGUGGAGAGUCACCGCUUUCGUGGGGGCGAAUAUCGUCACAGCCCAGGUGAUCUGGGAAGGCUUGUGGAUGAGCUGUGUGGUCCAGAGCACGGGGCAAAUGCAGUGUAAGAUGUACGACUCCAUGCUGGCUCUGCCUCAGGACCUGCAGACUGCCAGGGCCAUGGUGAUCAUCUCUGUGAUUGUUGGGAUAUUCGGCAUCCUCAUGGCUGUGAUUGGAGGAAAAUGCACCAACUGCAUGGAGGAUGACGUGGCCAAAGCUAAAACCUGCAUCGUGGCUGGAGUGAUAUUCAUAAUAACCGCCUUGCUGAUCUUGAUUCCUGUAUCGUGGUCAGCUCAUGCAGUAAUCAGCGACUUUUAUAACCCCCUAUUGGUUGAGGCUCAAAGAAGGGAGCUUGGAUCUUCACUUUACAUAGGCUGGUGCUCUGCUGCGGUGUUGCUGAUGGGAGGUGGUCUUCUCUGCAGCAGCUGUCCCCCAAAAGUUGGUGGCAGACCCUACAUACCUGCCAAAUUCAGACCUGUAAGAAGCAUAUCUUCAAAUGUUGAUUAUGUGUGAGUGUCUCGGCUACAA